AUGGCGUACAACAGUUACCACAGGCGUGGGUCGAGGUCCGUGGUUCAGGCAGCUUUUGGAUACAGCAAACAAAGCAACAGUAGUGGGGACAUAGACGAACUCCAACUGGCGAGCGUUAACGCAAGUGACGUGAGGAUUUUGAAUGCACCAACUGCAAGAGGCACUGAAACAAUAAGUGAAGAUUCUCGAAUUUUCACGAAUGAAGUGAAAAGUGAGGAGUUUGCACUGCUUUCGACGUCCAGCGACACAGGGACAUGCUCCUUGGAGACGUAUUCCACAGAGGAACAUGACAAUCAACAACCGGUGCAAAUGCACGACGCUGCGUUGAUGUCAAAGUCUGAUAUCAUAGACGCCUGGUGCGUUCAAAGCAACCAGAACAGAACUCUACCUGCAAGACGCACCAGUCGGAAAUCUCGAGACAUUAUCAAGGCCUGGGGGGUUGAUGAAGACUUACCUUUAGUGGCUUACAGAAGUCCCUCAUUGAACGAGAGACCACCCAAGCUGGGUCAACGUUUAGACAACUAUACGGCGCAUUUGCUGGACAGAUUAAAUCGCAGAGAAAAACAGUAUGUGCGAGAGUUUACACAGGCCAUGUUACCACUUCUUAAAAGACGGAAUCAAUCCGUCGAAAUUCCGUCGCAAUUCCAAACAAUCCCGUCCAUAUUUCCUGACAGAGAACUGCUAUGGAGGUUAGCAUUACACGGUGAAGACGCCGCCAGUUUAUCCGCUUUACAGAAAUUGUUGAAGGAAGUACCUGCAAAUGGAAGCAGUGCAAACAGUGAAGAUUACGAGCAACAGAGAUCUAGAUCAGCGUCACUCUUGGAUUCCUGGCAUUCCUGGAAUCUGGUGCCACAUAUAAGAGCCGAUUCGUAA